AUGGACGUGAGCGGAGCCGGAGCCGGCGGGAAGGCGAAGAAGGGCGCGGGCGGGCGGAAGGCCGGCGGCGGGCCGAGGAAGAAGUCGGUGUCGCGGUCCGUCAAGGCCGGGCUGCAGUUCCCCGUCGGCCGCAUCGGGCGGUACCUGAAGAAGGGCCGGUACGCGCAGCGCGUGGGCACGGGCGCCCCCGUCUACCUCGCCGCCGUCCUCGAGUACCUGGCCGCCGAGGUGCUGGAGCUGGCGGGGAACGCGGCCAGGGACAACAAGAAGACCCGCAUCAUCCCGCGCCACGUGCUCCUGGCCAUCCGCAACGACGAGGAGCUCGGCAAGCUUCUGGCCGGCGUCACCAUCGCCCACGGCGGCGUCCUCCCCAACAUCCACAGUGUGCUCCUGCCCAAGAAGGUCGCCGAGAAGGCGGCGGCCGCCAAGGAGCCCAAGUCGCCCAAGAAGGCAGCCAAGGAGCCCAAGAAGGCAUAG